CACAAAUCCAUAGAGAGAGAGACGGCGCACAAUCAGUGAAUGGUGCGAAUCUGGUAUACGCAAUUCCGCAGAGCUUCGUCGGAUUCCUCCUUUGCUUCGCUUAUGAACCACAAGAAAGAUCCGUUUUGUUGUUCUUAAUCUUGAUCUUGAUCUUGAUCUUGAUCUUGAUCUUAUCCUUUUCAUUUGAAUACUGAUCGUAUCCGAAUUUCUAGGAGACGAUUUCUAUUUCAUCAGAUUAUCACUGAUUUGGGAAUUUAUUGAAAUUUACUUUACCAAUUGCAUCGGAGGACGUAUCAUGUGUUUUACUAUGUGACUGCCCAACAAGUUCAAUCUUACUCGUAAAUCUUGUUUUCUUCUCAGGCUUUCGACAUGUCGAUCUCAGGACUGCGUGAGGAGCAUAGACAGGAGCUUGAAAAUCUGACACUAACAUCACAACCUUUCAAAACUUUGAAGCUUUUUACUGUGGCUAUUGUGGAAUAUAUAAGGAGAUCACUGAUAUAUCUUUUAAGACAUGGUGGAUGGCUUAUGCUUUUGGUCACAGUCACAGUUGCAGGUGGAGUCCUGCUUUUGUCUAUUGACGGUCCUCAUGGGAAGCAUGUCGAAGAGCUUCUUGAAUAUGUAAGGUUUGGAUUGUGGUGGGUGGCUCUUGGUGUUGCAUCUUCUAUUGGUCUUGGAUCUGGGUUGCAUACUUUUGUCCUAUAUCUGGGUCCCCAUAUUGCAUUCUUCACAAUAAAAGCAAUGCAGUGUGGUCGAGUGGAUAUUAAAACUGCUAUUUAUGAUACAAUCCAAUUAAACAGAAGCCCUUCAUGGCUCAAGAAGGAUUGUUCAGAGUUUGGACCCUCGUUGUUUUCAUCCCCACAUGGAACUCAGGUUCCACUUACGAGCAUAUUGCCUCAAGUGCAGGUAGAAGCUAUUCUUUGGGGCCUUGGAACUGCACUAGGAGAGCUCCCUCCAUAUUUUAUAUCUAGAGCAGCAAGUCUCUCAGGUGACAGAAUUGAUGCUUCAGAAGAACUGGAUGCUUCCUCAUCACAAGUUAAAGGAGUUGCUUCAAACUUGAACCAAAUGUCGCGUUGGUUCCUGUCACAUGCACAGUAUUUGAAUUUUUUUACAAUUCUGGUGCUUGCUUCGGUGCCAAAUCCCCUAUUUGACCUUGCUGGCAUAAUGUGUGGGCAAUUUGGGAUUCCAUUUUGGAAGUUUUUUCUAGCAACCCUUGUCGGGAAGGCAAUCGUCAAAACUCACAUACAGACUGUAUUCAUCAUCUCAGUGUGCAACAAUCAACUUCUUGACUGGAUGGAAAAUGAGUUGAUAUGGAUGCUUAGCUUUAUUCCUGGAUUGGCUUCCACCCUGCCCAAGAUCAUAGCCAAACUGCAUGCAAUGAAGGCCAAAUACAUGGCAGCCCCUCUGCCAGUGACAUCAAACAUCAAGGUGAAAUCAUGGGACCUAUCAUUUGCUUCAGUGUGGAACUCAAUCGUAUGGCUAAUGCUGUUGAACUUUUUCGUGAAGAUUGUGAAUUCAACAGCACAGAGGUAUCGUAAGAAACAGCAGGAAAAAGUAAUGAUUGAUUUGAAAAAGAGGUUGGAGCAAUCAGAAGAGGAUGAUAGCAGCAGCAAGAAUUAGUUAGUUGGUUCUCUUCUCAUUUCAUGUUAGAAUUAGAUCAUCCUUUAACUUACCAUUCAAACACCCCCUUAUAGAAACAUUAGUUGCAACAUUAUUGCCAAAUUUAACUUCAAUCUUAUUAUCCUUUCAGUAGGUGUUGGUUUACUUACAUAUGAGAUGGUUUUAUACUACUAGAACCCUCUCUAAUUACUCCAAAUGCAUUCAAAAGUAAGAUAUGGUGUUUAGGUACUA